GACAAGCACACACACACCCUCAGUGAGUCAUGACGCAAUCAAACGGGGACCGACAUGACUCCAGCGCUUUAACCUUAGAAAGGUCUUUAGCAAAGCGUCGUGAGGAAAACAAUGCUCUUAACAUUUUACACAAGUUGUCAUGUGAGGAGUUAAAUCGAUGUCAUGCGUGUGCAACAUCCACGGAGAAGAAGGAACGUUUCAAAAUCAGCGUGUCGUGUCCGCAGGCAGGAGAGUGACGUUCACAUGUGGUUUAGCUUUGUAGAAACUAUCACAGAGUGUCUUUUUAUCACUCUAUCAUUUUGUUUUUAAUACCGACUUGAUAUCAGGAGAAAAAAACAAGCACAUUAGCGUUGAGGUUCUCUUUUAGUGUGUCGCUUCAAACGGAGUUGCCUCUUACACUUCCGGACUACAAAUGAGACAAUAGUGGGCGUGUCCGGAAAUGCGGUCUCUGCCGGUCUGUUUAGUUUUUGAAGCGCACGUGUAUUUCAAAUCACCCUCUUGGCACUAGACGUGUAUUGUGACAAAGACAAACAGCCAAGAGACUUUAUAAUGAAAUCUUAAUCUUUCACUCUAAAAGUCGAAAACAUGAUAGAGAAGGGUUAAAUACAUGCAACAAGACAAUGCAAAACUCAGCACGUUAUCUCAUCUUUUUUCAAUACAUCGGAACUAAAUACAGGUGGGUAAAAACUGCAAAAUCCCUUGUUUUUAUUUUUGUUUUCAAGGUGUGUUGUUGUGUAAUUUGCAUCCUAAUAUUUGGCAGCGGUGCAGUGAGAGUGUCCCCACAUCAACUUGGCAAAAAAGGAGUCCAGGACCACUUGGAGGUGAGUGAUAUUGAAAUCAUUUAACUAUAUUCUAUUUUGUCGUAGUCCUCAAGGUUACAGGCGACCUGUCAGCUCUGUGCUGUUUGUAUCUCUAAAGAAGCCAUCUUUAAAGUAUCAGCUUUCAUCAUUUUUCAGUUUAGAGCUCAAUUUUAUUUUUCUUUGAAUAGCAAUAUAUAUAUUUUCACAGUUUAUGUAGCCCACUGUUUUUCUUUACCUCAGUGUUUUCUGUGCCUUACCAGGAUGCAGUGAGAAAGCUGAAACCAAUCAACCCAGUGUCACUGACUGUGUCCAGCCGGACUGACACAGGUGUACACGCCCUUUCGAACUCUGCUCACUUUGACCUCCAACGCAAGAAUGACAAGCCACCAUUUCCUGCAAAUGUUCUCGUUGAAGCCCUCAAUUUUCACCUGAGAACAGAGCAGAUCAGGUAAGUCAUGCAGGGAUUUCCCCCCUCAAAAUCAUGACUGUCUUUAGUACAUUACAACCUUAGUGCGGGAUGCCUCUCCAGUUACUCUGAACCAUUAAAUGUAUAUGGAGGUUCUGAGGCAUCUAGUUUACUGGUAGUGUGAACAGAAAUUAAAAUUCAAACCAAUUGAUGAGUUUAAAAAUAUGAAAAGACUCGUCAACAUCAACAGUUGUGUGCUUAACAGAAUUUAAGCACAACUUAAAUGACAUGACAAAAUCAAGAUCAAAGAGGCAGCAGAUUAACAGAGUCAGGUGUGGCUCACCUGAGCUAGCACCACAAGCCUUUGGUCUUCUGUGCAGGUUAGUAACACAUGUCUGUGCUGGUGACACACCUCUGGCCAAAUUGUAUAACGCCGGUGUAACCUGACACAACCUGCAUAACACUUCAUCAUUGAUUUCUAGAUUUGCAUAUACUGCAAAAACAUGUCACAUAUUGAGAUGCCAUCUGUCAAGUGUGUUUGUUUACUGAGCAAGUGGUGGUUGGCUGCGCUACAGCUUAGGCAUAGCAUGUGUCGUAUUUUGGGUCCACUGAAAACUUAAAUCAUCCAACCGCUGAUUCAGGUGCAGUCUAGUGUGGGUGACAACAUUGUUAAUGACGCUGUCAACUAAACACUGAUAUCUUUAUGAUGUGCUGAGGGAAUUAUUUGCAAUAGGAUGUUGAGAAAACAAAAUAACUCAUAAAAGUCCUGUGCAUCACCUACCUGUCAGCUUAAAAACAGACUCAAAGUAGUUUUUGGUGCUUGCUCAAAAUGUUCCUUGUUUUCUGUAUUCUAGUAUGUGUUGUACUAACUCUCAUCGUUUGGGACUAAAGCAUUUACCAAAUAGAAUUAUAACACAGGAGCUGUGGGUAUGGUGUUUGCAACCUUAAAAUACACAAAAAAAUGCAACACUCAUAAAUAGAUGUAAAAGAAUUUCCUUGGGACAUGAUGUCUGAAAUGAACCACAAACAGCAGAACACACAUGCUUACAUCACAAUGCUUCAUAUCUACUCCUCUUUUUAGCUUUACGGAGGAUACUACCUGUUGACAGACAAAGAACAGAAUAAGAUAUUUAUAUAUAGUCCAAAUUAAACAGAGAUGCAUAGAUAUAAAUUUUAGCAGCAGCUGAAAAUCAAAAAGAGCUUCAGGUAAAGCUAAGCAAGGUAAUGUAAAAGUUGUUUGCUCUCUUAAUACAGACAGAGGUGUGAGAGUGAGAAAAAGUGAAUGCCACUUGGGAGAAACAGAAAAAGAGGAGGGAGGAAAAGGAAGCUCCCAGCAUCCCGCUAAUCCCUAAACCUGCAGAGGGAAGGUUAGAAGGGAUUAUCCCUGCUCCGCUUUCAGAACUAUAGCGUCCAUUACUACACGCACACACACACACACUUGCACACAAGGACACAGGCUCACACUCUCACCCAGCUAAAUGGAAAUUACCGGUUUGAUUAGUAUGUGAAACCCAACAGGAAACUUUGAGUGCAAACACCGAUUCAUUCUCAGUAGUGUUCUCUAGAAUGAAAUCUUCAUCAUUAUCCAAGUACCAAAAUAUUCAGUAACCAGUGAUGAUGUGAAGAUUGGCUUUAGGGUUUUUAAAAAUUCUUAUAUCAGCACAUAGUUAGCUUUAGCAAACGUGACCAUCGUAAAGAAGAGGAGACUAAAAACCAUUUUGUUGUGUUUAAAAAUCAGGAUAUAAAUCCUGGCCCUUAAACACAGACUGCACACUGUAAAAAGUAAAUGUAUGGUUGAAAGGUUCCCUGAUUGUCUAGUGCUGUUUAAAACAGUCUCAAUUAGCUGGAAAUGAAUGGACCUUUUCCCAUAAGGGGAAAGUGCUAAGUGGCAAAAUGGUGCCAGGCUAAACAAUGCCCCAGUUCCCAAAUUUGUGAGGCCAAGCUUUGUACUUGUCUUAUAAAAGAUUGAUGUGUGUGUGUGUGUGUGUGUGUGUGUGUGUGUGUGUGUGUGUGUGUGUGUGUGUGUGUGUGUGUGUGGUUUGGAGGCCAGGAAAAGCCUGUCACUUCACAUUGUUGCAAGCAGUGAAGGCAGACGCAAGGGUUUCCUCUGCCACGUGUCGCACCCAAUCUCCUCCCCUAGAAACGUAACCCAGAUUCUCUGACUGUGCACACAGACACACAUGUACUGUUAGCACACUACUGUUAAUUAAAAUGUAUUUAUUCACAGACGUGUGAUCAUAGUUAUGACAUGUAUCAUGAUAUCAUAUUACUGUUUUCUAGUCAUUUCCUUUUCCUCACACACAUAAACAAAUGCGAGCUAACAGACAACAGAGCACCAGUGUGCUUAGGCACAGCUGGCUGCAGCUCUUUGUUCUUUGUCGUUUUACACACAGAUUCCCUACUGCAUGUUUUUUGUUUCAAACUGCUUUAUUGUGAAGUUGAUGUGUUUUGACUUCAUUUGUUGCUAACUUGAAAGGUUUGUCAUUAAUGACAGAAAGUGGUCCGGUGGGAUUUCUUAAGAAUACUUUAUGGCACUAUUAGAUAGGACAGCUGAAGAUACUGCAGUAUCUCUUUGUUUUAGAUAAGAGGCCCCUGAAAAUGCUGCUAAAUCAUAGAAAAAAUGCAACUUAAUUUUUGUAUGUUUUCAAUAUUUUUUCACAAUGUUAGUUGUUGUAUUAUCAGGCAUGAAGAUAAAAGGAUCUCUCACUUAAUCAGCCACUCAGUUAUGAUAAGAGCUUCAACCAUUGCACACCAUCAGCACAGCCAUCUCUUAGUCUUGGCGAGUCUUUGGUUUUAUAGUUCAGCAUAGCCUAAUUGAGGUUUUGCAUCAAACAGACUAAAAAGUCAUGUGGAAUCCUUUAAUAAUGUUUUCGUGUCACUUUGAGAGGCCACGCAUCAUUAGGAAUGUAUCCAAACUCAUUGAUUUCAUCACAAGAGACACUUGUGUCUGAUAGGAAAUAAAACUGAUCACACGCUGUUUCCCUGGCAUUGCCUCUUUGUAGACUCAGGUCUGGAGGAAGGGUCCAGCAUGAGUCUGGAGUCAUAUCAGAGAGCUCCAGCGUCCAGUGCUGACAGUAGCAUUUGGUUUUGAGGGUUCCUGGCAGGUGUAUAAGGACAAGUGUGCUCUUUGGUGAGGAAAAAUGCCAUAUUGGCUUCUUGGACAACAACUAGUGCACUUUUUCUUUUUUUGGCUGGGACCUUAUAUUUCCUGUUGAUGAAGUUAGGUGCUGUUCUGAGCAUUAUUUGUGGCUAUAGAGUGGCUUUUUGGCUGAGUGCGUGGCUCUCUGUAUUGCUAUCUGCCGUCGUUACUAAAGUUGGUAUAACUAGACAAGCAAGCGGUCGGCAACAUUCAUCUCUCGACGGGGUGUCUAACUCUGUGUUACAGUGUGUUUGACCCUAAAUUAAUUAUACGCCGGAAUAUCCCUUUUAAGAAGUGAAACAUGGUCAUCAAAUAUAGGCUGAGUAAGGAGGCAAGGCUUGUUGAUAUAAAAUAUUGUUUCUUGCAGUAACGUAAAGAUUUUUAAUCUACAAUGCCUAAAUUUUGGUUCAUCGUGCAGCCCUAGAGAAGAAUUAAGCAUAUUAGAAUAAGGAAGCAUCAACUUUCGUUUUGGUUCUCUUAUAUGAACUUGCAGACAUUUGAUGAAAUUGUGACACAUUACAGAUGUCACAGAGUCAAGCCUGAUGUCAAUGGUUGUCAGCAUUUACCCCCACUGCUCUCUCUGCCAGGGUCACCAAUGUCCAUCAUGUUCCUGAUGACUUUCAUGCCCGCUUCCGCGCCCAGUCUCGGACGUAUGUUUACCGGAUAGCCCUUGGAGCUCACCAUCAUACUCUGUUUCCACUAACAGACAGUGAUUACUGCUGGGGCCUUCACAACACGUGAGACACACUCUUUUAUACAACCUUUGUUUACUCAUCUAUCUUUAUCCUUCAUAUGUGUAUUAUUAUAAACAACACCUCAGACUGCAGCUUAUGUUCGAUUGUGCCUGUAGGUUCAGGCAACACACACACACACACACACACACCCUUAGUGAUCGCCGCCAAGCUUUGCAGAAACAAUGGCACGUUAAACACAUGAAUAAACCACACGUGCCACAGCAGGAACGAUAAAUUGGGGCCAGUCAAACAAAGUGUUUGAUGUGAGCUGACAUUCUGACAACAAACAAAGAGGAGGGGGCCGGGAUGAGGAUGAGGAUGGGAAAGUGGAUGAAAUGGCAAAUAGUUACGAUGAUGUCUUUUAAGCAGUGAUUGAAGAAGGAGCGUGAAGAAGCACAUUUCAGAUAGUGUAUGUGUGAGCAUUCGUCUGCGCUUCACUUUUUUGGGGGGGAGAAAGUAGGGCAAGAUAAGCUGCGGGCUUAUACACAUGCAGAACAACACCCACACACAUUUCCCUGACUCUGUUUAUUUUUUCUCCUCUAUUCUCCCUUUCCCUCUUUCACAUCUCUCUUUCUCUCCUCUCUCUGUGUCAGUGUCUCUGCUUCGUUAUCCCCUCUUUCAUUUUUAGCUUCCAUCUCAUCCCUCCACCCCUGAGCGUCUCUGCCUCUCUCUCCAUUCUCUCUUUGAUCUGCCUCUCCCUCGUCAUCACACACAGACACCCAUCCCCCAGUUCCUUCCACUGCAAAAAAUAUGAGGCUCCUCUACUGUUCAUUUUAAUAUACAUUUGUAGUCUUGCUAUCUUGCAUUACAGUCGGAUGAUCUCUUUAGUUGCCUCUUUAAGUUUUCAAGAAUGUUUCCAAAAUCAGUCGAUCCUAUCACACCAAAGAUUUUAAAGUUGUUGUUUUUUAAAUGUAACAAAAAUAAAAUAACCCUCGGAGGCUGAACGCUCUGAAUGUUAUUUUUAUUGUCACUUCAGCUGUUAGCUUUUUCUUUCCUUAAUUUGAGAAUCACAUGUUAGGUACCCACUGAGCAUUUUUGGUCUAAAAGAGGUCUAAUAGUCGUCUAAAUGUAGCCUGGUUGGACGACUGGUCUAAAAUCAGACUACCACUGGUCAAAAAAGGAAAAUUUUUUAGAUGUCUAAAUUUAGACCAAGUUUAGACUAGCGUGCUAACAGAGCUAUAUCUAUACUACACUGUAUAUUGCUCAACGGCUGUCAUAAUUAUUUUGGUUAAGUACUCAGAGAUCAAUUAUGCAACUCACAGUUGCUUUUUGAAAUAAAAAGUUAUUGAAUAAUGGGUUAAAGUGCAACGUCUAAAUUGUGUCUGAAAAUAUACAGAAUCUAGACGGUUGAAAUUAGAUCUAAAAAAAACUAGACGUCUAAUAGCCGUCUAUUUCUCAGUGGGUGUUUGGUCACUAAAAGCUUUUGAGAAACUUUGUUAUAAAUGAUCCUGAGUUUUUUCUUGCAAAUUGAAAAUGCAAAGAAAAAGAUGAGGCUGGUAGAGUUUAUUUAGUGUGUUGGCGUGUUUCAUAGUGAUUGUAUCAUUAGUGUAAAAAAAAAAGUCCCCAUAGUGGCUUUAAAGAAAACAGAUUGAUGCAAAUUAUAUGAAUUAUGGCUAGCUGCAGCUUUGUGAAUAUGUGCUACAGAGCUGCUUCAUGUUAUGCUUAAAUGAACUAUAUAUUAAUAUAUAGUGAGGUUUAGUGGCAUACAGACGCACAUUAUGGUUACGUCAUACCUGUGAUAUAGUAGAAUGACUAAACCUUGAGUCCAAGCCCAGUCUUGAGUCCUUAGUGUUCAAGUGUAAUUUGAGUCCAAGUCAGGGGACGCUUUUAUUGAUUCUGCUGUGGUGGGUUCACUGGCGACGUCUAAUUGUCUCGACAUAUCCAACAUGCUCUGCUCUUGUUUUCAGUUACUGUACUGUAGUUACUGUGCUUUUUUAUGCUGGUAGAAACUGUAGCUGAAGAGGACGGCAUGUCGGUGAACAUGUUUGCCAGCCCUCUCUUUAAACUGAAUAAUUAAUUAAAGCCUCAUCAAAUCAAACAUAAACAUUAAAACAGUUGAUGGGGAAACUAAUCUGAGUCCUUCAAUCGCCUUCAAUCAAGUCCUAAAGCAGUCAGUGAUCUGAGCACAAGUCUUAAAAAUCAGGAUUCGAACCUGAGUGCCACAAUAUUGCAGCGUUGUAACAUUGAGAGGCUGAUGGAGGCGUCAUCAGUGUUAAGAAUGAUGUUAGGAGUUGUACAUAUUUGAAUCAUUUAUAUUGGACAGUGUUAACAGUGUUGUCAGAUGAGUAUUUCUCUGAAGUUGUACUAAAUUAUGAUCAACUUGACUUCAAGAAAAAAAAAAGUUAAUCCAAGAAUAAAUGAGCUCUUGAGAUUCCCUCAGCUUUCCUCCACGUCUUCAUUCAAGACUCUCAUGCUCAACAUUUUAAUUAGUGAGCCACUCAGCACACUCCUCGAGUCCCCGCUUGCUGUACUUCUGCCUCUCUCUCGCGCUCUCUGUCAGAUCAUAUUUGAGCAGCAACACGGGUAAAAGACUGUAGAGAAUCUGAGCGCCAGCCCACUCACACUCUCCUACUCAAACUAGCCGGCCGGCGACAUGCUCUGCUCCCUCACGUGGCGUUGUGCAUCAGAUAAUUUCACAUUAUAUAAGCCAGCCAAUAAAUAAUUCGACUUUGAGAGUGGGAACAUAGAGGCCUGAAUACUGGGACCUAAUGUGUACUCCACACCCAAGGGCAGGACAUUUUGGAUCCAUGUAGCGAAUGAGCCCUCAAAAGUCAAUCAAGAAGUCUUUUUUUUUUUUCUACCCAAAGAAAGUACAUGUAUAUGAUCCUUGUUUUUAAAGUAAAAGGUCAUUUCUUGUUUCUUGUCAGGCAUCUGGAUGUGGAAGCCAUGCGUGAGGGUGCAGCCCUGCUGGUUGGGGUUCACGAUUUCAGCAGCUUCAGGGCAGUCAACUCGGACCUGCCUUGGAAAAACCCUGUGAAGACACUGGAUGUGGCCAGCAUACAGCCAGGAGGAUCCUUCUCACAGGCACACUUCCACAGGUGGGUUUUAAAUGCUCAGGUAGACGGAUCACAUGACCAGCAGUCGAGGUAAAAGAUGUAUGAAUGUUUUGCAUCAAGAUCUGUGGACCGGGUGGACUGAUUAUCGGCCAUGGCUGAUUGUUGCAGCAGAUAUCCAUUUGGCCAAUUAUCUGUAUCAGCCUCUUAUUUUACAGAUCCCCGUUAAACUAAUCAAUAAAAAAGGAGCUACUUUGCACUGCUGCCUGUUUGUUUUACCCUUUGGGACUAUUAAUUUCCGAUGUCAGUCUCAUCAUUAGCCAUAACCACUUUCAAUAUUAUUGUCCUCAAAAAUAAAAAAAUCACAUGCCCUUAUAAUUUUGUUUAUGUGAAGUUGCUGGCAUGGCUUCUUCUGCAUUAGUGACUUAUUCAACACAUCUGUCAUCUAAAAGCUCUUUUUUUUCUCUGCAAACCAAACGACUGAUCUUUGAACCCCUCAAGCUUUUUUGUAGUCAGCCUGUCAGAUUGAGCUCCCCAAAAUAGUUCUGUGCGUCUAGACAGGAGAAGCUGACGUCUCACCCUAGAGCUGGCUUUGGUCCUCAUCUGAUCUGGUAUUAUGGCAUACAGCAGAUGCACAUGUGUGACCUGGCAACACGAUGCACAGCUUCCUUUCAUCCAUGUAAAGAUGUAUCCCUUUCAAGAGACCAGGAGCUAACAGCCCUGCUGUCUAAAUCUGCCUCCACACUCCUUACAUGUCAAAUGUAAUCAGGCACAUGGGCAGAAUUGGGUCAAAUGCAAAUUUGACUCAGUGCUUGCUGUCUGUUUGCUCUUUUCACUCUUUUUUUUAUACCCAAAAUACAGAGUCAGAUUUAAAUUCAGAGGGAAAAAAGCUGGUGUCAUUUAAAUGUGUAAACAAAGAGCAUCAGAAUGAAAAAAAAAUGAACAUCAACGAAUUUAUAUUUGUGAUGGCGUUGCGUAUAAUCCUCUUGGACCAGAGCUGCUGAAAUCUAGCAUGAGACAUUUAAACAAAUCUGAGUAUGAGGAGAGUCCUAGUCUUUAUCUGAUGUUAAGCACACUCAGGAGUGGUUCAUCAGCCUUUAUCCCUCUCUACACAACUGAGGGAAGCACUGAAACAUCAAAGCAUAGAGAGAGAGAGAGAGACAGCAGAAGUAUGUCUCAACAUGUAACAGACAUUAAAUUGAACCCUUUUCAGUCAAGACAACACUUCCAGAGCAUGUUUACGGUUUCAGAUCUCUAUUUUCCCUGUGUAGCUUUCCAUGUGUGAUGGAUUGGUGCUGUAAAACAUCUGACAGCAGCCCAAGACACUUUCAGAGGGCUCCUGAAGUGAUAUUUGAGCUCCUUUGGCAAUAUUUAACCUUUCUUUAGUAUGGCACGUUCAGGUCUUGAGGACUGUAGUUGUUAUUUUAACAUCUCAUGAGAAGUGUUUGGGAAUGUGCCCCCUGAGGCGUUUGUGCCACUUCACUAGAUAUGCAGACAAAAAAAAGCAGUGACAUUUACUGACUGUGUGUGUGUGUUGUCUUUUAGGGUGAAUAAUUCAAACAUUUGUUCAAGUUUAAAACUUUUUUUUUCCAGAGAGAUCCCGUUCUGGGAGCUGACUUUUACAAGCAGAUCUUUUCUCUACAAGCAGGUUGGUUCCACUUGUUAUCUUCAUUUACUUUUGAUAACUGUAAGCAUGCAUGUGUUGCUACUCUAUUUGAAAUUAGCGCCAUCUGCUGGUAAAGACAGUAAUCCCAUGUAAGAAAAAAAUCAUUUCUGUGAUUAAGGCAAUAUAUAUAUUUUUUUGUGAUAGUUCAGCUCUCCUAAGAUAGAAAAUGUUGCUCUGGCUCUGUGCAUCAGGUGCGAAGGAUGGUAGGGGCCCUGGUAGCCGUAGGUCAGGGACGGCUCUCUGUGCCCCAGCUGAAGGAGAUAUUGGAGCUUCGGGACUCUCUAGCUUACCCACAAGGCCUUGCUGCCCCAGCCCGUGGGCUUUUCCUCACCAGGGUGGACUACAGAGAAGAGGGUAAGAGGGAUGAUUGUCACACGGGCCUCUAAAGAAAAUGGUUAGAUAAUAGCGCUGUUGCUUCUCAGCUAGAAGGUCCCUGGUUCAUGUCUCAGGCCUUUUGCAUGUAUGAGUCUGCUGCUCCAGGCUCCCUAAGUACAAAAAUAUGCUUGUCAGGUGAAUUGGUCACCCUAAAUUGCAUGAGCGUGUGUGAAUAGUUGUAGUCUCAGUAUGUCAGCCCUGUGACAGACUAGUGGCCUGUCCAGGGUGUAUACCCCACCUCUGGCCCAUUGACUGCUGGGCAGUAAAGAUAGCAGAUGGUUGGUAGGAAUAAUCUUGAUAGUUGCCUCGUUGAGCACAUUUGAAGGACUAAUUCAAGGCUUUUAAUAUUUUGUUUGUGAGAAAGUGAAAUUUCAGCCUUGAGUUGUAAAAUAAAUCAGACUUUGAAUUAGUAGAACAGUUUAAUAGAAAACUCAUGCAAACAAAUCUAUAUGUUAUCAGGACCUAAACUAAGGCCUGUUGUGCUUUUAGGAUACUCUAACACUUAUUCUUGUUGAUCAUUGAAAAAAAAAAAUAAUUCAAUGAAUGUGAGAAAAGUCAAAAACCCAAAGAUAUGUAAUUAAUAGGGGUGGGAGAAAAAAAUGAUUCACAUAUGUACUGCAGUUUUUUAUUUUACAAUUUCUAAAUAGAUUUUUAUGUUAAAAACUCGAUUUUUACUUACAUGUGAUGUGUAUUUUUUGGGGAAAUAUAGUUCCUGGAAUAGUCAGUAGACAAUCAUAAUCAUUUAACUUUUAAGAUCGAGAAAAUCAGCAAUAUCGUAGAAUCACUAUUUAAAUCGAAUUGACAUCCAAAAGAUCGUAGAAGAAUCGAAUCGGGAGAAAAGCAUAUCGUCCCAGCCCUAGUAAUUAUCAUAACAUAAAUAGUGAAAUAUAAUUUUUCACUUUUUGAAAGGCUUGAUUUAGCUCACUGUAUUAAUAAUAGAAUAUACAAAGAACUUGAAUAGCUGCUAACUCCUACAGUGUAGUUGUAGAUUCAGGUUAAAACAUAACUACAACUGUUUUUUUCCUCCGCAGACCUCCAGCUUUCAGAACAGAAACCAGAAGAGUAAACUGUCUCCAAUAAAAGCUCAGAGGAUCUAUUUUACUUCAUUGAACUGUCCUGAUAAACUGCUUACCCAAGCAUCUUUAUACAAAAAUUAAAAUAAAGUUUUUUUUAUACUGUUUUA